AUGUAUGCUGCAGGUUUCAGGCCCGGCUUUGACCCCUUAGUUAAAGCAGCUGCGUACGCUUUUAACGCCACCACUAGCGGACAACUUUGGCGGAUGCAAGAUGAUCUCACUCGUCAAGGCAAUCUCCCUGCCAUCGAGGAUUUCUUUGCCGAGCGUUUUGCCAAUCUAUCGUCUUAUGCUUUUGAAUCCAACGCUGAAAUCGCUUCUCGCACCGGGGCUCCUUCGUGGGCCGGACAAUCCUUCUACAUCAACCAAACUUUGGUGGACAGAAUCAAUCAAGUCAAUGAUAUGCGUGGUAACAUGAAUGAUGAGGAGUGGAAUGUCUUUCGUGGUACUCUUUUGACGGGCUAUCCUGAGGAGGCACGCAAGAAAAUGGCUAGGUUGGCUGCGAAACAUGGGAUUAACGACCUCAGUUUGUUAUUUGUACCUUGA